AUGUCGUCGGAGGCUGCGGAGGAGAAGAAGGUGAAGGUGAUGAGUUCCGAUGGACAGAUGUUCGAGCUGUCGCAGAAGGUGGCUCUGCAGUGGCAAACUUUAAAGCGCAUGAUCGAAGUCGAUUGCGCCGAUCAAUGCAUUCCUAUUCCGCAAGUUACCGGAAAGAUCCUCGAAAAGGUGAUUGAGUACUGUAAGAAGCACGUCGAGGUUUCGAGUUUCAAGGAGCUCAGGACCUUCGAUUUGGAGUUCAUGAAAGUCGACCAAGCCACUCUGUUCGACCUCAUUCAGGCUGCGAACUACCUGGAUGUUACGGACCUUUUGCAUCUGACUUGCCAAACCUUCGCGGAUUCGAUCAAGGAUAAAACUCCAGAAGAGGUUCGCCAGAUACUUAACAUCGAGAAUGACUUUACCCCCGAGGAGGAAGAGGAGAUCCGUAAGGAGUACCAGUGGGCUUUUGAGCUCUCUCCCUCUAUGGCUGAUUCUGAGCUCUCUCCAUCUAUGACUGAUUCUGAGCUCUCUCCAUCUAUGGUUGAUUCUGAGUGAUGCGGCGGAUGCUGGAUAGCUGGUUUUAAUCAUUUGUCAUUUGUUUGAUCCACUGGAUGUUAUACUUCAUGAUGAUACUGUGCUUU